AUGACCGGCAGGGAAGAGAGCAGCGAAGCCGUGGGCAAACCACUUGUGGGGGAUUUUCCGUACGCUACCAAGGAGCCCGAGAAAAGCAGCCGCUCCAGGGGCUUUGCCAUCACCGACCUGCUGGGACUGGACAGCGCCGUCGAGUCGGAACAGGCGGGAGUCGCGCCACCUGCUCCUCCGCCGCCGCCGCUGCCGCCAGGGGCGCCGCGGCUGCUGCCGGCCGGGCUGGGGCUGGGGCUGGGCUUGCUGUGCAGCCGCUCCCUCAGCGCCUUCCGCCCGCCCCGACCCGCAUUUCUCGACGUGCUGUCCGAACUGCACGCCAGACCAUCCGGCCUGCACGGUCACCUGCCGCUGGUCCGCAGGGUGGCUCUUCACGACAGCCAGCAGCCGCCGAACAACUCCGAUGAUGAGGAGAUGUCCCGUGAUCACAGCGGCCCGAAGAGCUCAGCAGCAUCCCAGGUGAAAAGGAAGAAGAGGCGGCACAGGACUGUGUUUACAGCUCACCAGUUGGAGGAACUAGAGAAAUCUUUUAAUGAGGCUCAUUAUCCUGAUGUCUAUGCCAGAGAAAUGUUAGCUGUGAAGACAGAGCUGGCUGAAGAUCGAAUACAGGUGUGGUUUCAAAACCGAAGAGCGAAGUGGAGGAAGAGGGAGAAGUGUUGGGGCAGGAGCAGUGUGAUGGCAGAAUAUGGACUGUAUGGGGCCAUGGUCAGACACUCCAUCCCACUACCCGAAUCCAUACUCAAUUCCGGCAAAAACGGCUUAGUGGGAUCUUGUGCCCCCUGGCUGCUUGGAAUGCACAAGAAGUCUAUGGACCCAACAAUGAAAGGCAGAAGUGUGGAAUCUGUGCAAGAGGAUAAGGUGGAGAGCAGUGUAGAGUUGGAAGCGGGCAGAGUUCGGGAGCCUGUGGCUGAGUGCACUGAUGUAACCGAGGAAGGCAAUAUGGUCUUGGAUCUUUCCAGCACAGAGAAACCAGCAGGCAAGAUUGACAGUCCAAAGCAAGGCACUUGCAUGCCAUCUGACAUAGAUAGCAGACACAGAGGACAGAAAAAACAUUAAAAGCAUCACACUGGCAUUGCCUGAGCAGUUGGGACCCAGUGCAAGGGAGCAGUCUCCCUCUCAGUGGAAAUGAGCACUCUCCACUUCUGUCUGAUACUUACAGUGGUGAAAGUCAUCACAUCAACAGCUGACUGUCCUCUGCCCUUCCUAGAUCAAUGGUAUUUUCAUCUACACCCAAUAAGUGCAGGACAUUCUAACAUAACACAUGGACGAUAGAAAAAAAUCACAGCAAAAUUCUGUCUCCUCCUUUCUUUGUGCUGCCUUCCCUGUCCUUACACACUAUGAAUGGGGGUGGAGGGGAGGGGGAUGAAUGUUGUCCUUAAGGAAAUCAAAGGCCUAGGAAGAUGUAAACUUGAAUAUAAAUCCUGGGAGGUGCCUGCACCAAUGGGAGAAACCAAAUGGAAGAUUGUACCCAUUGAAUAAGGCGAUAACCAAAGCUGUCUAGUGAUAAUGUGAAUGUGCAUUCAGGCUGUCCAUUCACAUGAUGGCAGGAGAUGCCAAACAUGGACACAAGAAACUCUGCAGGCACUGGAAAUCCAGAUCAAUGCAUGCAAAACGCUGGAGGAACUCAGCAAACCAGGCAGCGUCUAUUUAUUUAGAGAUACAAUGCGGAACAGGCCCUCCUGGCCCAAUGGGCCAUCUACUUGAUCCUAGCCUAAUCAGAAGACAUUUUACAAUGAUCAAUUUAACCUACUAACCAGUGUAUCUUUGGACUGUGGGAGGAAACUGGAGCACCUGGCAAAACCCACGCGGUGACAGGGAGAACGUACAAACCCCUUACAGACACCGCUGGACGAACUCCGAUGCCCCGAGCUGGAAUAGCGUCUCGUUAUCUGCUGCACACUACAGUGGUGCCUGUCUCCAGAGGGGAAUAGACAGAUGGAGACAAGGAAUAUGUCUGAGGGCUUUGGCCUCAAAAGUCGACUGUUUAUUCCUCUCGAUAGAUGUCUGAUCUGCUGAGUUCCUCCAGCACCUUUUAUGAAGUGAUACCAAGCCCCUGCAUAAGAUCCCCAGUCACCAUUGCAUGGGUGAGGUAAUAUAAAUAUAGCUGAAAGGUACUUAUUGAUGGAAGAUGGCUUUACCAUUUUUUCCUUGAAUAAUUCCUUUUGUUGACUGUACUGGUGGAGUCCACAAAGCACAUCGU